UGAAUUUCAUUUCCAAAUUCUUUUAUUAUAUACUGGAUAUCUAGAGUUGAUCGCAAUUCCGUAAGUGGCGCUGAUUGGUCUAAUUACUAUAUAUUGCUACUGCUGGUAUGUCUGUCGCUAAUGCGUCGCUGCAGGUAUAUACAUAUAAUUCGAAAAGUUGCACCGCACGUAUGUAUGUACAUACGUACAUACAUACAUACACGCGGAUGCCACCGAAUGACCGACUCGCAUCAGGACGCUAUCUUAUCAACAAUCUUCUGGUUUUGAUGUGAAAUUUAUGAAACUCACCACUGACAGACGCGCUACAAUCGUACGACCAAGCGAUUUUUCUGCUUCUCCGCGGGAGCUUGGUAAUCUUGGUGGUGGUGGUAUGGAACAACCCGACUCGCGUUUUUACUUCGCUCUACUUCAAAUCGUUCUUCUCGUCAUCGUCGCUGUCCACCUCCAUCGUCUAUAUCGCGCGCUCGCGAUGCAACAUAAUGCACGAGAGUGAGUUCAGUCAGUUUUGAGUGUCAGUAGUGUCACUAAUUGAGGUGAAGCAAGUAUGGCGCGUCCUAAACACAGAGCGAGCGCAGACGUGUGCGCUGAUUGCGGGACACUCGAACCAGGAUGGGCAUCAAUAAAUAGAGCUAUUUUAUUAUGCGACGAUUGCUGCGGGAUUCAUCGUAGUUUAGGACGUCAUGUGUCGCACAUCAAAUCAUUACACAAAGGCGUUUGGAAUGCACACCUAUUGAACAUGGUGCAUACAUUGAGUGAUAACGGAGCCAACAGUAUUUGGGAACAUUCCCUGCUAGAUCCUAGCAACUCCAAGAUUAGUAGACGAAAACCGCAGCCCAAGGAUUCCUUACAUCCAAUAAAAGCAGAUUUUAUUAAGGCCAAACAUCAACACUUGGCUUUUAUAUUACGGCCAAGCAAGGAGGAAUGUUGUACUGAGGAGGAACUCAGUAAACAGUUGCACAGUAGCGUUCGAACGAGUAAUUUAGAAACUUCGUUGAGGUUGUUGGCACAAGGAGCCAACUCCAAUUAUUUUUACAAGGAGAAAGGAACCACACCUCUACACGUGGCAGCUCGUGCUGGACAAGCUCUUCAAGUAGAACUUUUAGUAGCUAAUGGGGCAAACCCGAGUGUGGUUGAUUUAAAUGGACAAACAGCUGCUGAUAUUGCCAAAAUGGCAGGUCAUAUAGAUUUAUCUGAACGCAUAAUUGAAUGCAUGUACGAAGUAACAGAUAGACUGACAUAUCACAUAUGCUCUCGUAAACCAAGUCAUCGAGGCGAUCAACAUCUCAUAAGCUCUGAUCUGGCUUCUUUCUUGGAUAAAAACGAGUUAGCUUUGGAAGGAAGAAGCAGAUUACAAAUGUUACCUAAUCAUUUGCUAGAGGAGUUGGCUAUGGAUGUUUAUGAUGAGGUGGAUCGUCGAGAAACAGAAGCAAUUUGGUUUUCAACUGCAUCCCUCCCGGAGAAAUGUACUGUUCCAUUUCUGCCAGUUAAUCCACAAUUGUCAUCUACUAGAAACCAAGGAAGACAAAAAUUAGCGAGAUUCACGCCGAAGGAAUUCACCACUCUUAUCGUAGAUUUACUGAUCGAAGCGGAUCGAAGACAUACACUUGCUAAUAAUGCACUUCAAAAUCCCGCGAUAUCUAUGCUUCGCAAAGAGCAACUUGGUAAGCAUGGAUCCCAAGUGUCUGACGAUGAACCUUUGUACGACAGUGUUGCAUCUGACGACGACUAUGCUGCUCUAACAUCUACAGAUAAUACUUCAUCUGACGUUUCGAAUCAGCUUAAAAUUAAUAAUGAAGAAACAUUUACACCAAUCGCUAAGGGUCUUCCGUCCAUGGUAGAAGUUUUGAAAAAACAAUUGACUCUAUCUGAAUCAACCGUACGAGAUCUCCGCGAACAGGUACACAGCCUGCAAACUGUCAUCGAGCAGCUCACUCAAGAGAACAACGAACUGAAGCAUAUGCUACAAAUCAAAGGUCCUGGCGAUGGCAACAUGAACGGGCAUGUCGGGCAUGGGGAACAGGAACCUGAAUUAGAGCCAGUACACGAUAUUAAAACGUCCUCUAUACGUGGAAAUCAACGACCAGCAUCUAUGUAUGAAACUAGAGAAGGCCUACGGAAACCAGCGUCAUGGUCAACAACCAUUUGUCAAACGAAACGCGACACCGAGGCAUUAUCGCGAAGUAACACGCAAAGUUUGUGGGAAUGUGGCGCGCCUAAUCUGCCACCCAGUGAAGAGGUAACUCGACGAACGGAGCAAGUUACCAGACGAAUCCAAGAACUGUGGAUGGCUAUGCAAGAUCCAAGCCAACGAGAAGCGUUUGUCCCUUGCGCCGAGAGAAUACGCGUUGCCGUUGCCGAAUUAACUGCUAUAUUUCCUCAGAAUCCAAUUGAGGAGAAUAUCAGGUCUGCUUUACGCCAGUUAAACGGCAAUACCGGGAGACUUCAAGCAGAGUGUUCUGGUCUUCAAAGAUGCACCAGUGAUGCUGAGCAUAUGGAUCGUUGUUUACAACAAGUACGUUCAUGUGCUUACGAUAUUGCCAAAGCAACUAAGUUACUUGUCACGCAAUUUCAAACGUAGAUUCUCUCUCAAUGUCUUUUAGAAAAAGAAGUGCCUUUAUCUUUCUUAUCGAGUCUAUUAGAUAUAUUUUUCUUUUCGGGUCUUAAUUACAUAGUUAUUGCAAUCUUUUAUUUACUUUGCAAUAAUAAUUCAUUCGUUUAUUGUCCUUUUGUUAAGUUUAAUAAAUAUUGGAGCAGAAUACUUUUAUUGGAUUAUUUGAUUACUAAAGUAAAUUUUACUAAAAAUAUACUUAAAAAUUAUGCAAAUAACUAUGCGAAAUAGAUAAGACAUGACAUUGAAAAGUUUUACACACACACACGCACGCGCACACACGCACGCACACACACACACACACAGAGAGAGAGAGAGAGAGAGAGAGAGAGAGAGAGAGUAUUUUAAAUAGCGGCCACUAAUUAUAAUUAGUUAUUCCUUGUAAAGAAUUGAGUCGGAAAGUCCUGAAUCAUUUUUUUCUACAAUGCUCAAUGGAGCAGUAAUUAUGCAAUAGUGGUCGUUUCAGAGUAAUAUUGUAGAAAAAAACUGAUUUAGGACUUUUUGACUAGUUUUGAUUAGUUUUUUUUACAAAGAAUAACGCUAUACAUAUAAUUAGUGGAUAUUUAAGAUACACCUUUAUAAAUCAUGUAGUGUUAAAUAUCAUUUAAUAUAUGUAUAUCUGACAAAGACUGAAUAGCAGCAAACCAAUGAAUUUUACAUAUAUGCAGCUUAAGUUUAUAAAUUUUGUUUAAUAAGUUUUGCUCAAGCAAAUUUUACCUUGUCACAAAAACUGCUAAACUACAGUAAAAGCUCGAUUAUUUCAAAGUCUGGCAAAUUUCUGGAUGUAAAGGUUAACAAGGAAUGCUUUCAUCGCAUGUAUAAAUCACUUCGUACGUUUAUUGCCAAGACUUAUCGAGCUCUUAUUGUAUCAUUUAAAGAAUUUGACGAAUGUAUUAUAUAAAUUAAAUCUUUUUAACAUAACGUGUAUUGAACAUAAAAAGAACUUUUAUAUCUAAUACAGCUGAAGUGUGUUUAUCAUAACUGAAUAUACUGUCAGUUAAACGAUGUAAGAACUUUAAAUGAACUUUC